UAUUCCCAGGAGAAAUCAUGGAUGAAAAGCUGUCUUACAAAGAAUUCCUCGAUCGCAAUGACUCCUGGACGAUGGAUGAGAGAGACCUGUGCUUUGAGCCACAGCCUGUAUUCAAACCCAUGGAGAUGGCUGACCCCUUCAGCAUGCACAGAGGGGAGAAUCUGCCUGAUUUAGCUUUUCCUACUGACAUGAAGAAUGUGCCCCUGUUCAUGGACCAUGUUGAUGCUUCCAGAGAUGUCCAUGCACCACAUGGAUCUAUGAUGGUACCUGGACAACCUUUCUUGGGGCCCCUGUAUUCUCCUGCAGAGGCUCUAGACCCAUCAGCGUUCAUUGGCCUAGAUUCAACUGCAGAAUUUCUGCAGGACAAAGCAGUGCCUGAAGAACAUUGGAUGGGAGCUCAGCAUGAUGUGAAGGGACCAGAUGCCUCUUUCUUUGUUGAGCCACCAGUGCCCCCCACAGUGACUGAAGCAAUAAAGCCGAAUUUGCCGGAAAGUCCUGCAGCAGUGGCUCCUGGUUUCGUUCCUACUGCAGGAACAGCAUCCCCAGGAGAGGCUGAAGCUACUGACAGACCAAAAGGUGACACCAAAACAGAUGCAGCGUGUGUUCCUGCCUUGGAUGUCAUGUCCGUUUCUGCAGAAAAAGCUGGGUCCGUUCUUGCAGGAGCCACCGAGCCUCCUCAAGCUCUGGCUGCUGGCUUUGCCCCUGCAGCAGAAGCCAGCCCUCUUCAGGCUGUGGAUGUUGGGUUUGCUCCCGCACCAGAAGCCAAGCCUCUUAAUGCUGUCAAUGAUGCAUCCGCCCCAGUGGCAGAUACUGGCUUCACCCCAGCAGCAGAUGCUACGCCCCAUUAUGAUAUGGAUUUGGAGUUUGCCCCAGUAGAUGAUGCAGGGUUUGCCCCAGCGGCAGAUGCAGAAUCUCACUAUGCUAUGGAUUUGGUGUUUGCCCCAGCAGCAGAUAUUACAUCUCACCAUGCUAUGGAUUUGGCGUUUGCCCCAGCAGCAGAUACUAAAUCUCAUUAUGCUACGGAUUCUGACUUUGCCCCAGCAGCAGAUGCAGAGUUUGCCCCUGCAGCGGAAGUCAAUCACCAUCUUGCUGUGGAUUCUGGGUUUGCUCCUGUAGCAGAAGCCAAGCCUUUUCCUGCCAUGGAUUCUGAGUUUGCCUCUGCAGAAGCUAAGUCCGUCUCUGCAGCGGACACCAAGGUUGCUGCGGCUGAAGAGCUGAUGACGUCCAAGUCUUCUUUUGAGCAAGACAAGUCACCCUUCCACAAGCCUCCUGCAGAAGCAACGACAAACGUGGAACAAGAAUCAAAAGUCCCAGAAGCUUGUGUUGAUUUCUUAGAGAAAGCUCAAGACAGCAGACCACCUCCCAGCCAGUGUGAAGAGCAUCUUCCUGAACAGACAAACCAUCUUUCAGAACCAGCAGUUCCAGUAGAAGCAAAAGAAGGUGUUGCACUAGAAAAUAAAGACCUCCUUCCAGAAAAAUCUGUUACUGCUGUGGAUGUUACUGUUGCAGAAAAUAGAGAGAAACAAGAGCACAACCAUGUCCAACAUGCAGAACCUCAGCAAGAAAAAUCCCUGCCAGAGCCCACAGCAAAACCAGAAGAGACCAAACCAGUUGAAGCUGUGACAGGGAACGAUAUCACAGCACCUCCCAACAAAGAGCUUCCUCCCAGCCCCGAGAAGAAGACAAAGCCUGCCGCAUCCACAUCAUCUACAAAGCCUGCCGCAGCGAAAGCCAGGCCCCUGUCCGCUACCAGCCCCAGGCGGCCAGCCUCUGCCACGCCUGGCCCAAACAAAAAACCCACGAGCCCCACUGCAGGUCCUACUUCAGCCACUACUACUAAACGCCCAGCCACCAGCACUACACGUCCCUCCACCUUAACUCCAAAAGAGACUAAACCAAAGGCUGCAGAUGCGAAGACCACAGAUAAGCGGACCUCACUUUCAAAGCCUCCAUCAUCUGCCACUCCUAGAACUACCGCCAGGACCACCGCUGCUAGUCCCAGGACAACGGCGGCAUCGCCAGUCACUGCAGCCGCUGGUGCGAAAAAUACUGCUACUUCUCCACCGAAGAGGCCAACAUCUAUCAAGACCGAUGGGAAGCCUGCGGAUGCCAAGAAGACCCCUGCAAAGUCACCAUCAGCAGACUUGAGCCGCCCUAAGAGUGCUACUGGAAAUGCGGUAAAAAGUAGCACCACCACUCCUACCACCACCUCCAGCGCACCUACUUUACCUGGAGUAGCUACCAGUCGUCCCAAACCCAAGCCUGCUGCAACCAAACCCACCGCAACCUCAACCGCAACAGCAGAUGCUAAAAAAACAACCGCUAAGGCUCCGACUAAACCCAGCACUGUUUCCAAGCCACCUCGCCCGACCAGCAGUGUUUCUGCUCCAGAUCUGAAAAAUGUACGUUCCAAAAUUGGAUCAACAGAUAAUAUUAAACAUCAGCCUGGUGGAGGAAAGGGGAAAAUGGAGAAAAAGCCAGAAUCAGCUGCUGCUGCACGAAAGUCUGAACCCAAUGCGGUCCCUAAAAUGGCUACUACUAAAACAACCGUAUCAAAAGAGAGUGCCCCAAAACAGCCCAAUGGGAAA